UUUUACUGUACUUCAGCAAUGAUCAUGCUCGUGUUGGUGUUGAAACUUUUUUGUUAGUCUUUUUUUCAAUUAAUUCAAUUAAAUUAACAGUAUUUAUUCAGUUAACUACUCUCAUUUGCUUCGCUAGCAGCAAAUAUUAACCGAUCUCAGUCUCCAUUUGAGUGAAAUUGUUGAUUCACUUGAUGUCCUAACCUGUUCGGUAUGCCUUCAAAGCGUAAACAUCCAACUGAACCACAUUGGUUUAUUGAUUACAAUCAAUCAAAUCAACAGCGUGAUAAAAGUGUUUCCAGAAAAUAUGAUCUUCUAGAUUCCGAUGAAGACACGUGGUCCAGAGACGAUCUUCUCUACAAGGACAAUCUUCACGAGGUUUUGAGCAAAUGGAAGAAUCUAGACUGUGGCAUUUGGGGCAAGAUUAUUUGUCUUGAACGCAAUCGGCGUGUUGCUAAAGCCUAUGCCAGGUUUGGCAAAUUAAACAUCAAUGGAUCUGACGUUUGUUUUGAUGGUUACACUAUUGGAUUAGAGGGUUUUGAUAAUCCAUAUCGAGCUGAAUGUACAGAGAAUGUCCUGAAAACUAUUGGAAAUGAGGGUUUGGACAUUCAAAUUGAUAGUAAAGGCAACAUUUGGAUUGAACGACACUGCGAUUGUUCAGUUUAUACCCCAGAAUGUCAUCAACAAUCACUCUCACGGAAUAACCAUUUAACUGCCAUUGGAAGAGAGUUAGAGACUCGAAGAGGUCACCUUUCAAAAGGAAAGCCAUUCAAAUUGUUUGACAUGGCUCGGUUUCGUGAAAAUGUUACAAAAGAAAUGUCAUCAACUUAUCCCGAUAUGGCCUCCCUGCAACUCCAGUGUAUCUCUGUUAUUUCAUUUGGAUCUAAUUGUUUAAAUAUAUUAGAAUCACCAUUAUCCAUUUUGGUCAUCAACAUCUAUGCCCUUGACAUUCUUAGAAGUAGACUGUGUCCAGUUAACAAACCAAUCAAGGAAAGUUUCAAAACGGUUGCUGGAUCAGUCUGGCAAUCUGUCCGAAGAUUAGCUUCUCGUUCAUCACAACGAAACUCAUUAUCAAACAUGUUUGACCGAUCUGGAGGAUCCAAGUUGAUUGAUGAAAAUCCCUAUUCAUCUAUUACUUCAACCGUCUCUUAUCAUGAUAUCAACUCGCUGGUUGGUUAUGGAGCAAUUAGAACUAAAGAACCUUCACCAAGAUUAACUUAUUCGCAAUUUAAUCAGUUCAGGAUAUCACCAAUGGAGAGUCACAUCAAGAGUUCAACAAUUGACUUUCAUAGACCGAAAAAUGAACCACCGCCUGAUUACGAUACCACAAGUUGUUCAUCAAUCUCAACCAUUUACAAAGACACUCGACAAUCUUCCAAUGAAUCAAAGGACGAGUUUGAUGACUGGUCAAGCACUCCAGUCCCCAAUAAACCUUCAUUUUAUCCUCAAACACGUCUAAGUGGACCUUUGAACAGUGUUUUCCGAGCGUUUCCACUCGAUGCUCCAGUUGUUGAUCCAAAUAGCAAUCAAAAGGAUGAAACUGAAAAUACAGGCGACUCAUCGGAAUCAAGUGUAUCAAAUGCAUCUGAAACAUCUCCAGAAUCAGAGUCUACUGAUGAAGCUGCAAACCACAUUUAUAGCAGUAUAGUCGAUGGGAAAUCAUCAUCAAAUCAAUCGAGCAAAAGUGAAUCAAGUGAUCAAUACGGAGAGAUUACCACAAUUGAUGAAGACAAAGAUGAAGACGAUGGAGCUGAUCGAGUUUCAGUUGCUUCGGAGGCUUGAAUGGCUUUGAUCUGAAAUACCUGAAAGAGCAAUCUGAAAGAUUUAAUUAAAUAACAGUUAUAAUUGGAUGUAAUACAGUUAACAUUGUUCAAAACACUUACGCUUUUCAAUUUAAUGUCACUUGGUUAAUGAGGUGAAACAAAGCAAAACAAGCUUGCUGCCUAAAAUUAAGGAUAAUAAUAUAUCUUUACUUGGCUUCACUGAUCAUUACCAAAUAUCUCAAACUUCCUAUAGCUGAUAAAGUGAACGCAAUUCAACAAUUAUACCGUACCUUACAUGAAUUUCAAUUACAUCAAGCCUGUGAUAAUCUAAGUGCCACGUUAAAUUGAAUUAUUAUUAUUUAAAUAUCCUUUCCCUUACUUUAUUCAUCAUCACUUUCAAUCUUUACUUUGACCUCCAUUAUUCCCAUUGAACUGUUUCAACUGUUCUCAAAGCUCAGAAAUUUUUCCAUAUUUGUUAUCCUUUCGAUAAAUCCGUAUUUACCGAUAAAUCUGGAGUUUUGAGUUUUAAUUUCCUAUUGUUGGAAUAUGGCAAAAAGAUGAUUUUUUAUGAAUCAACACGUAAGCAUCGUGUUAUCUAAAUAUUAACCCUGAAUGUUUUUUGAUGAUUCAACGGCUUGAAUAAAAAAGUAUUGCCCAGUCA